CCCAGGUUGGAGCUUGUCUUGCGUGCCUGUACCUCAGCUGCGGUGUCGGCGUGGCCCGGCAAGGUUCACUGCCACGGCCACGGCCAACAAAUGAUGGGGCACUUGUCGGGCGUGGCCUUCCUGGCCGCCCUGGUGCUGUGCGCCGGGCCGGCUCCAUCGGCCUCCCUCCCGCGCCCCGAUGACGGCGUCCUGGUCGUGACAACCACGGCGUCGACGCCCGCCAGCGCCGCCCCGACGACCCCCGACGCGCCCACGGAAGAGAAGGCAGCGCCGCCGCCCCAGGUGCGCAGCCUCCACGUCAACUCCCUGGUGCAGUACCGCUACGCGCACACCGUGGUCUCCAGCAGGGUGGCCAACCCCGCCAACAAGAGCCAGGAGGUGACGUUCGCGGUGGUGCUGCCCGAGACUGCCUUCAUCUCCUCGUUCGCCAUGGAGGUCGACGGCAAGGUGUACAAGGCGUACGUCAAGGAGAAGGAGGAGGCCAAGCAGACCUACGACGCGGCGGUGGCAUCCGGCCAAUCCGCGGCCCACGUGGCAGUCAGCGCCCGGGACUCGAACUCGUUCACCGUUUCGCUCAACGUGGAGAAGCAGAACAAGGUGUCGUUCAACCUGACGUACGAGGAGCUGCUGACGCGCAAGCUGGGGCAGUACGAGCAUGUCGUGACCCUGAACCCCGGACAGGUGGUGCAAGACCUCCUGGUCCGCGUGCACAUCAAGGAGAACAAGAACAUCACCAAGCUGCGCGUGCCAGAGUUCACCUCCGGCAACAAGAUCGACGCUGACAUUCAGGACUGCGACGAAGGCGCGAAGCCGGGCGCGUCGCCGGCCAAGUGCUCGUCGGGCAACAGCAUGGCCACGAUCGCUUGGAAGACGCCGCAGGACGUGGAGGUCGUGUUCCGGCCCACGGCGGAGGAGCAGAAGGAGAUCAUGGACAAGCUGGAGCAGGAGAAGAAGAAGCGCGAGGAGAAGGUGGGCCGGCGCGGCUUCGACAGCGCGUCGUGGGACGGCGUGUUUGAGCCCUCGGACAGCACGCGCGGCGACAAGCACGGCGACAACGGCCUCAACGGCCAGUUCAGCGUGCAGUACGACGUGGACCGCAAGGCGGACGGCGGCCAGGUCGUGGUGAACGACGGCUACUUCGUGCACUUCUUCUCGCCGGAGGAGCUGAAGCCCCUCAAGAAGCACGCCAUCUUCGUCCUGGACGUGAGCGGCUCCAUGGAUGGCCGCAAGAUCGAGCAGCUCCGCGAGGCCAUGACGGCCAUCCUGGACGACCUCAAGGAGGGCGACUACUUCAACCUCAUCGCUUUCUCCAGUGACAUCAAGGUGUGGAACCUGGACAAGCCGUCAGAGAGCCCCACCUACCGGCCCAGCGAGCUGAGCUUCUACCCAGGCGACGCAAGCACCACGCAGGCGCCCCCCGCGGACCGCCCUCCCGCCUACCGCGCCACGAAGGACAACAUCGCCAAGGCCAAGAACAUCGUCAAGCAGAUGGCCGCCUACGGAGGCACCAACAUCUUCGACGCGCUCAAGACGGCCCUGCUCUGCGUGCGCGACGGCAAGACCUCGGCCGCCAUGAGCGACAGCGACCAGCCCCUGGAGCCCAUCAUCCUGUUCCUGACCGACGGCGACCCCACUGUAGGCCAGACCGUGCCCUCCAAGAUCACCUCGGGCAUCAGCGAGUUGAACCACCAGCCCCGCGCCGCCAUCUUCAGCCUGGCGUUCGGUGACGGCGCCGACGUCAAGUUCCUCCGCAAGGUGUCGCUGGCCAACGAGGGCUUCGCCCGCACCAUCUACGAGGCAGCCGACGCGUCCCUGCAGCUCAAGAACUUCUACCGCCAGAUCUCGUCGCCGCUGCUGGCUAACGUGUCCUUCCAGUACCUCCCCGACAAGGUGGAGCGCGACUCCAUGACGCAGCUCCAGUUCCGCACCUUCUUCGACGGCACGGAGUUGAUCGUGGCCGGCAGGACGGCGGACAAGGGCGUCCAGGAGGUCGGCGGCAACGUGCUCGGCACCACCGACGGCGGCAAGCUCGUCACCUACGCGCCCCACACCGUGGGCACGGACGAGCCACUCACCAUCUACCCCUUCGACGAGGAGGGCCCGCUCUUCAACGCGACCCAGGGCCCGCGCCACGCGUCCGUCCUGGAGAGGCUGUGGGCCUACCUGACCAUCAAGCAGCUGCUGGAUAAGCAGGACGCCCUGGACGCGAGCGUGGCCAAGGACGAGGUGAUCGUGCCGACGUGGGUGCGGCCGGCGCCGCCGCCCCAGCCCCCCGUGGCGCUGCCCGUGCAGCCCGGCCAGCCCGGCACCGUGGAGGCGGCCACCACCCCCACUGCCGCCCCCGCCGCCCCCACGACGCCGAGCUUCAGCCCGCCGGCGGACGGCCUGGACCUGAGCCUGUUUCAGCAGGAGGAGCCCAAGAAGCGCGCCCUCAAGCUCGCACUUAAGUACUCUUUCGUGACCCCCCUCACGUCGCUGGUGGUGGUCAAGCCCAACGAGACGAAGGCCACGGACGCCAUGACCGUGAACCCCGUGGACGCCACAGCCGAAGCCCUGCAAGGAGGUUUUGUCAGUCGUCUGGCCCGGCCGUCCUUGGUGUCGCCGAUGUUCAUCUCGGGCGGAUUAGGCGCGGGAGUGGGGGCCAUGCCGUUGGGGUUGUCGUCGGGCCACCAUUCGGCCAUGAUGUCGCCGGCACCCCCGGGCUGGGGCGGCGUGGCCUCUGGCUUGGGGGCCUCUGGGCCGCCUGGGUUCUCUGUGCUCCCCGGGUACCCUGUGCCCUACAGGUCCACUGGCUUCACCGGCAACAGUAUGCCAAUCAACCUCCAGUCGCUGUCCAUGCCAGCCUUCCCGGGGCAACAGUUGGCCUUCGACCGCGUGGGCCACGGCGGCCACGCCACCCUCCUGUCCUUGGCUGGACCGGUGCUCGCAAACAUCUCUGAUGUAAAAUGGCUGCCCAAGGAUUCCCUGCAGAAGGGGUCCAUCCCACUUACUGUUAAUGGGACGCUAAAGACGUUCAAAAUUGCAAGCAACCAGACGGACCCAGAACCUCCACAGAACUGUCAAGUUGAAGGAAGUACAAGUGGAGUUUGUAGACACUUCACAAACUGUGUUCUUGGACAAGUUGUAGAGAGAAUAGAAGACUUUGUUAAAUACCAAUGCCCUAUUGGAGAUUACUUGGCCAUUUGCUGCCCUUUGGAUACUGUUCAGACUCCUACCCCCAGCAGCACCCAGCCUUGAUCUUCAAUUCCGACUGUCUCCUAAACAAUUCUUUUUCAAAUCUCUAAGUAUUUAUGAAUAUUUUAACAAACAGAACACACACUGGAAGAUUUUAGCAUUUAUUCUUUUAAAAAAUUGUGACAAAUCAAAUAGACAAAUAUAAUGAUAGAUAUGAUUGUUUCAAAA